UUUGCAAUGUACAGAGUACGAAGACAGACGGUCUCCACAGAGAAGGAAAAUACAGCAAAGAUAGUAGCUCUUGUGCCACCAAAUGAGAACAGCAAGACUAAGAGAAAACAGCCAUGUACAGGAUGUCUUGAUCCUUUAGGAGACAGUGGAGAUCCAAUGUUCAAGGUCUAUCACCGCACCAAGAGACAGGAUAAAAACAGGAAUAACAAACGGAAAAAACGUCCCGGACGUUAUAGCCUUUUAACAAUCAGUGUAGGUUUACAGAAGCCCAAACAGACUGUCAAAGUCAAGAGGGAUGCUGAAGGAAAAAGACCCUUGUAAGAAAGUUAAAGCAUUGUACUCAUCAAGGCUCCUUCCAAGGUACCUGAAUCAGGAAAAAUAGGAAUUGCAAGCCCGAAUUGCAUAUAAAUACACCAACAUGUUUCAUAAAGAGUGUUUCAGGCUCAGGUUAUGCUUGUGAUAAUCAUUUAUAUUUCUAUAGCUUUUCUUUUCCAAGUAUAUUUUGGUUAAAUAGUAACCUCUAUCGGAAAUAAAAUGAAUUUACUGAAUUCUCCCCCGUGUGUAAUUCAUAUUGGCAUCACUAGGGGGCAAUAUUUACACAAGCGAUAGUCUCUCGAACGAGCUUGGCUUCUGUUAAAACAUCUGUUAAAAUCUUCAUCUCUUAAUUACAAUAAAGCAUUUGUGUUUAAAAAAUCAGUCUUUUAUUGUGUGCAAAACACUGUAGGUUUCUAUAUGUAGGCUUUCUAUGAAGUUUUGGCUGUACUGCCUUUUUUGUGAAGGAACUGACAUGUUGAUAUUGUCAAGCAUAAACAGUCUGUGUGUGUUGAUAGCUUCUGUGGGAUACAAACUGCAUAACUAUUAGUCCUCUUUUGUAUUUGAGUAGUUCUGCCAGUUUAAUGUGCCAGAAAUGUUGUUGGCCUGAAAAGGCAUACAAAAUAGUAGCCCUAUGUUUUGUGCCAGGAAUUUGUAAAUACAUUAGUGGUCCAAAGUAAAUAGAAAAGCAACACCCCUUCUUUCUUAUCUGCAUAAUCCUUGAUAAUGCAUAAAACUAUUCGCACAUUUCACUUUGUUGUUUUUUAAGCAUCUAAAAUGUUCUGGAACAUUUUGUUUGAGAUCACACAAGGCCAGUAUGUAGUACCAUUGCCUUCACACUGAGACCCAAGAAGUAACCACAAGCAACCAUGCAAAAACUAUUUGCAUGUACACAGAUAUGUACAAUGUAAGUAGUGCAGUUGUUAGACUACAAAGUGAACAGCACUUUUUUUUUUCUAAAAUUUAGAAUUUGAAGCUUAAUUACAGACCAUAUACUAAGGCAUAACAUAACAUAACAUAACAACAUAUAACAUAAAACAUUUUUAAAUAAAAUUAAUUGUGUGCACAAGUUAUUUUAAAUAAAUAAAUACUCAGAGCAACCUUGCUACAAAUAAAUAGGUUGUGGCUGUGCAUUACAUUUAUGUCAUGUGCUCUCUGAUAAUCUUUUUUUAAAAAGGCAUGUUUGUAGACUCUUGCUGGAACCACACAUGAGAACAGAUACGUUCACAGUAUGUUUAGGUGUGGGAGCAAAGCUCUGCGUGCAUGAGUCACAGUAAACAGACUCUGUUCUCACAGGAAGAGCAGACAGAAACAAUCUACUCUGCCUUCAGGUAAAACCUGAAUCUUUCAAGAGCUUUAGAAGAAGAAUGGAGACCUCAGACGAACACUAUUAUGACUACCCCGAGUAUGAAAACAACAGCUCCAACUUCAGCUACGAUGACUAUCAGACCAUCUGUGAGAAGGGCGACGUGCGCUCCUUUGCGAGGAUCUUCCUCCCAGCUGUUUUUGUGUUAUCUCUUGUGAUUGGUUUAGCAGGCAACGCUCUGGUUGUGGCGGUGUAUGCAUACUGCAAGCAACUGAAAACGAUGACUGACACGUUUAUACUUCACCUAGCUGUGGCAGACCUUUUGCUGCUCCUAACAUUGCCCUUCUGGGCUGCCGAUGCUGUCCACGGGUGGGAACUCGGGGUCACCGUCUGUAAACUCGUAUCUGCCCUGUACACCAUCAACUUUACCUGUAGCAUGAUGCUGCUGUCCCACAUCAGCAUGGACCAGUACUUGGCUUUGAUGCCAGGAGCCAGAAACACAGGCAUUACACGUGCUUUUCAAAAGAAGCAUUGUGUAAAACUCUGUCUGGUGGUCUGGACCUUUUCGUUUUUUCUGGGCGUCCCUGAUUUGGUGUUGUCAACAGUCAGAGAGCUUCCUCAUAAAAAAAGCUGCAUUGCAAUGUAUCAAUCGGACAUGGCGCUCAGGGCUAAAGUUAGUUUGGAAGUAAUGGAGGUCGUAAUAGGUUUCUUGAUACCUUUAUUAGUGAUGUUGUUCUGCUACAUCUGUGUAGGCCGAGCCCUACUGAAGCUCCCUCAGGAGAGGAGGUGGAGGAAGUGGAGGUCCAUCCGUGUGCUGUUGGCGAUGGUGGGAGUCUUUGUGGUCACGCAGUUGCCCUAUAAUGUGGUCAAGUUCUGCCGGGCCAUGGACAUCAUGUACAUGUUUGUCACUCACUGUGGGGUUAGUAAAGAGCUGGACAAGGCUACUCAUGUCACAGAGAGCCUGGCGUUGACACACUGCUGUCUAAACCCUGUUCUGUACACGUUUGUCGGUUCCUCCUUCAGACAACAUGUAUUGAAGUGUGCCAAAGACUUUGGAGAUAGGGGGAGGAGGUUGGCACAUACGAGAGAGCAACAAGAAGUGGAUAUCUCCUUGAAUUCUCAUUCACAGUCCCAAGAGACCAGCACUUUUUCCAUUUGAACAAACUGAAGAGUAGAUGUUCACUAGCCUGUGAAGCUUUGCACCAUCUCCCCCUUUGCAAAAUAUGUACACAUUUACAGGGAAAAAAUUAGUUAAGACAUAAGGCAGUAUUUUGACCAGAAAGGUAAAAUUCUAGCUGAAGUAAAAGCAAAGAUGCAAGAUAUUGAUAGUUGGGAUGUUGACUACUAGCGGACUGAUGGCGAGUUCAAGUCCUCCUUUUUGAGUCGAUGCAUUCAACUGACUUUUGUCGAAGCAUGAUGUCUUUUUUUUUUCUUUUUGCAUUAUAUUCAACAAGAUUGUCUUAACUCUACAUCUACAAAAUAAUGAAUAAAAAAGAAGAGUUUACA